UUACAAAAUUCGAUUUCAAAGCAGGUUAUUUUCAAGUACCAUUAGACAAAUUAGAUCGACCAAAAACAGCAUUUUCAACUCGAGAUGGACAUUUUCAAUUUAAAGUAUUACCACAAGGUCUUACUAAUGGACCACCAACAUUUCAACGUAUUGUUAAUCAAAUAUUAGAAGUAUGUUUAUUAUUACAUGAAGCAAAUUUUAAAUUAAAUGUUGAUAAAUGCGAAGUAGCAAGAACAGAAAUAUUAUUUCUCGGACACUUAAUUAAAGCAGGUACUAUUAAACCUGAUCCAGACAACAUCCGUGGUUUGACCGAAACACGUGAACCAAUAUCAGCUGAAGAAGCAUUUAGAUUCGUCAAAGCAGCAGAAUAUUACCGAAAAUUUAUUCCAAAAUUUUCCACCAUCGCUGCACCAUUACAUAAAUAUUCUCCAGCAACAGUACAACAACAGAAGAAUAAUAAAAAAUUAAAAUUUGAAUUAUCUGCUGAAGCUAGAACAGCAUUCCACCAACUCAAGAAAAUAUUAACAACUGAUCUUAUUCUUGAUUUACCUGAUGAUACAUUAUUAUUUAAAUUACAAACUGAUGCUUCUGUAGAGGGAAUUGGGGCUGUUCUAUUACAGAUGACCCCCAAUGGUGAUCGACCAUUAGCAUAUAUGUCAAAGAAAUUAACAAAAGCACAAACUAAGUGGCCAACAAUUGAACAAGAAUGUUAUGCAAUAGUACAAGCAAUAGAAAAAUGGGAUAAAUAUCUUCGUGGACAUGAAUUUAUAUUAGAAACUGAUCAUGAACCAUUAAUACAUUUUACAAACAAAGAACAAUUAAAUAAACGAUGUGAACGAUGGCGAUUGAAAUUAGCUGAAUAUCGGUUUAAGGUGAAACACAUUCAAGGCAAGAAAAAUCAUAUGGCAGAUUAUCUUUCAAGAUCACCAGUCGAAAUAGCUGAAGAAGAUAUUGAAGAACGACCUCAAUAUGAAUCAACAUCAACACAAACAGAUUUAUCAUUUUCAUCAUUAAAUAAUAAUUUGAUUCCAUUAAAAAUAACAACAGCAAUUACUAGAGCUCAAGCCAAAUUACAACAACAAGCAACGGCAACACCAUCUAUUAAACCGACGGAUGGAAAAAUUAAUGAGCUCAUCCCACAAGGGAAAGUAGCGACUGAUGAAGAACUGAUAAUCAAACCAUCAGAUGAAAAUCCAAACAAGAUCAUCCCAUUUGAUAUGGAUGAUUUAAGAAAAUGUCAAGAAGAAGACAAAACAAUUCAAGAAAUAAAAAAGAAUAUUAAGAAGAAAAAACAUUAUUUUAUUGAAGAUGGAAUAUUAUUUAAAAAACAACAACUACCAUUUCCACCAGUGCCAUACGUUCCAGCAGGACGAAUACGUGCUGAUAUACUAAAAAUUUAUCAUGAUACACCUGCUAAUGGAGCUCAUUUUGGCCGUGACAAAACAAUAAGGAAAAUUCAAGAACGUUAUUAUUGGCCAACAAUGAUAGCAGAUAUUAAAAAUCAUUUAAAUUCAUGUUUACCAUGUGCACAAAAUAAUUAUCGUCGUCAAAAAUUACCAGGAAAAUUAAAACCAAUACCAUCCCCGAAAGGAAUAUGGAAAUUAUUAAGUAUGGAUUUUCAUGGUCCAAUAACUCCAACAUCAAAAAAAGGAAAUAGAUACAUUAUAUCUUUAACAGAUGUAUUAUCAAAAUUUGUUAUCACAAAAGCUGUUCGAAAUUGCUCAGCAACAACAGCAGUGAAAUUUCUUAUAAAUGAUGUUAUAUUAAAAUAUGGCACUCCAACAUGUAUAUUAACCGAUAAUGGUACUUAUUUUACUUCUCAAGUUAUGAACAAAUUGUUUGAAAAUAUUGGAGUCACUCAUCUCUAUUCUACAGUAUAUCAUCCACAGACUAAUGGACAAAUUGAACGAUUUAAUGCUACGAUGGAUGGAAAAAUUGCCGCUUUAUGUAAUGAACGACGUACAGACUGGGAUGAAGUAUUACAAUUUGUUACAUUUAAUUAUAAUACAUCAAUACAUGCAACAACAAAACAAACACCAUUCGAAAUGAUGCAUGGAAGACAAGUUACACUUCCAUUUGAUCAACAAAAAGAAAUUAUUUCGCUCACACAAGAUCCAGAGCACAGUCAAAAAAUUAGAAUAUAUCUCGAAAAAUUAGUAAAUGAAGCUCGAAAUAAUAUUAUAAAAAAUCAACAACAAUAUAAAGCUCGAUAUGAUUUACAUAGACAAGAUUUAUUAUUAAAAGUCAAUGAUCUAGUUUUAGUAAAAACAAGAAAUGUUAGAAAUAAAUUUGAUAUACGAUAUGAAAGUCCAUUUAAAAUUAUUAAACAAUUAGGACAUAAAACAUUCAUUGUUCAACACGUAAAGAAAUUAACAUUAACAAGACAAGUAACAAUGGAUGUUAUCGUUCCUUUGGUGGAACGAUGGAAUUUAAUUUAA